UUCCCCCCUCCCCAUUCACUCUCUCUUUCUCUCCCCCUCCUCCGUGGAUCGUGCGGUCAGUGCCCCUCUCUCCCCCCUGGUGCCUCUCUCUUGGGAUCUGAUUAGUGAUGUGUAACCUACAGAAUGCCCAGCAGCACUGGAAAAAGGUUUAAACCAACAAAAUACAUCCCCGUGUCCACUGCAGCUGCCUUAUUAGUGGGAUCGACCACUUUGUUUUUUGUUUUCACGUGUCCUUGGCUAACUAGAGAGAUAUCCCCAGCCAUUCCGGUGUACAAUGGACUCGUGUUCCUGUUUGUGUUGGCAAACUUCAGUAUGGCAACCUUUAUGGAUCCUGGCAUCUUCCCAAGAGCUGAUGAAGAUGAAGAUAAGGAUGAUGAUUUCCGGGCACCGUUAUACAAAAAUGUGGAGAUCAAAAGAAUACAAGUACGGAUGAAAUGGUGUGCCACAUGUCACUUCUAUCGCCCUCCUCGCUGCUCGCAUUGUAGUGUCUGUGACAAUUGUGUGGAGGAUUUUGAUCAUCACUGCCCAUGGGUGAACAAUUGCAUUGGACGCAGGAAUUACCGUUACUUUUUCCUUUUCCUGCUGUCACUGAGCACACACAUGAUUGGGGUCUUUACAUUUGGCCUUGUUUUUGUCUUGAACCAUCUGGAGAUGCUUGGGGAAGUCCACACUAGCAUCACGAUAUCGGUGAUGUGUGUCGCUGGGCUUUUCUUUAUCCCUGUGAUAGGGCUGACUGGUUUCCAUAUUGUACUGGUUGUGCGUGGCCGUACAACUAACGAACAGGUGACUGGGAAGUUUAGAGGAGGAGUUAAUCCGUUCACGCGUGGAUGCUGUGGGAAUAUACAACAUGUACUCUGCAGCCCUCUUUCACCUAGGUAUGUGGUUGAACCAAAGAAAAAAGUGCCAAUCACGCUAAAGCCUCCCUUUAUUCGGCCGGAUGUGUCUGAGCGGCAGAUCACUGUGAAGAUCAGUGAUAAUGGGAUACAAGCCAACCUCCACCGUGCCAAGUCCAAAGGAAGCCUGGAUAACAUCAAUGACAAGUCCAUGGACAUUCAGCCACCCUUACCCCCUAAAGGAGAUUCCAGCAAAUAUUCUGACAUGAAGGGGUCCCUAGGAGCCAGUGAAGAAUGUGGCUUCUCACCAAAAAUCAUAAGCCCGCCUACUCCGGCGAUGUACAAGUAUCGCCCCGCAUUUGGAGCUAACCCAAAAGUGCACUAUCAUCCAGCUACGGAACAGAUUGCUAUGCAGGAAGGUCUGAAGGAUAGUGUAUUCCUGGAAGAUGACUGUCGGAGCCACGAUUAUCAGUCAGAGCCCAACCUUGACCUCCGUGAAUAUAGGAAGAACUCGCUCCACAAAUCUUACCAGUCCUCCCCUCUACAGCUUGAUACGUUUACUGCCAAUUCACGGUCCUUGAGUUUGAAGGGUUCGGGCCACCGUGAGUCUGAGAAGGCACCGCUUCAAAUGGUAAAAUCAGAAGGUGGCACAACUACGCCAUAUAAGAGUGUCUUUUCUCCAAAUGCCUUGUCCAACCGAAAUGGGAGCCUGUCUUAUGACAGUUUGCUAAACCCCAUGUCUCCAGCAAAUACGAAAUGCACUGCCCAUACUGCAGCUGGUUCCGUGGGUUACCACUCACCUUACAUGUCUGCCAAAAUGUGCCAUCUACGAGGAGGAGAGUGUCAAACGGUGCAGAGUUUCAGCCCUGUGUUGAACAGGGCAGCAGGACAUCAGAGGGAACCUUCCCCUGUGCGUUAUGACAACCUCUCCAAAUCCAUUAUGGCCUCAAUCCAGGAAAGAAAGGAAAUGGAGGAGAGAGAAAAGUUGUUGCACUCUCAUGCAGAUUCUGUGUUUGCAGACUCGGGAGUCUAUGAUACCCCAAGCACAUACAGCCUGCAGCAGGUCAGCUCGCUCUCGGAGAACCCACGUGCUGCCGGAGGCCGUUAUGGUUCAAAGGACAAUCUGCUAGCUGGGGCUCCAGGCUUCAGCUCCAGAAACCCCAUCCUCCAGACCUCAGUGUCCUCUCUCUCCAGUGCGGUCUCUCGAGCACCUAGGACUUCCACCACCUCCUUACAGGCUGACCUGGCCAAUAACAAUAUCCAGACCCACCAGCCUUUACAAGGAAGAGUGAGCAAUGGGUCAUACAAGUCCCCUGGCCAUCAGACCCCAUCAUCCCCUUCCGGAUUACCUAGAUCUCCUUCUUAUGGUGGCGCGAAGGCUGUUACAUUUCUUAAUACCAUGGAAUUUGUUGAAGGGCCUUCCAUGCCAGUCCAGAGGGAGGAGCUGCAGUUGAAGGCACCUCAUGUUAAAAUAAAUGGACAGCCAAAGGGUUUAUCGAGGGGUGAGUGUCGGCUGGGAUCCACCUCAAGCUCUCAGGGCACCACAGUAAGCCCUUCCAGGCACUCUAGUGUUAAGAAGGUAUCUGGAGUGGGUGGCACGACGUAUGAGAUAUCGGUUUAGUUUGAGACACUCACAGCAAUGUUCGAACUGCAGACUUUGAACCAAUAAAGAACUGCAUUCAAAUUUUGUGACUUCUUUUGCCAAUCAGCUGGAGUGUUUAUACCUUGGACAGAAUGACAGGACAUGCUGUCAGCAGAGGUCACAAUAUUGCUGACUAAAGGACAAUACUCGGUAUUGCUAACAAAAGAAGAAAAUAAAUCAGAAGCCAUUGUACGUGUGUCUGUCCAAACAAACUACAACAAAAGGAGAAGGAAACAUUGUUUUAAAAUAUUGUGAUGUGAGAGGAGUGGCACCAGAAUUUUAUUAUUUUUUUUUAAUUUUUAUUUUUUGGGAAGUCCGAAAUUAUGUCAGGAGUGGGCCCGGUUGGGAACCUCUACUUCUGCAAUGAAGAAUCCUAAGAGCUACAGAUCAGGACAGAAAAAUAAA